GCCAACAACAAGAACACUCUUAGCACUAUCUUUGAGGUGAGCAGCUGCAAAGCCACCAUCAAGCUUUGAGGUCAAUUUGGACAUCAACUCAAGAUUGAGACUUUUCCCCUUCCCCCACAUUCCAUGGUGCUUGCACUUCCUCCCUUUCUUCCUUUCUUCUUUAUAGCCAAGUUAAGCAUCAGUUUCCCCACCAAAGUUUUAGCUUUUUUUGUGUAUUGUCUAAUUCCUUUCUCUGAAUCAAAAUGGGUGUGUUCUAUCAGGAAGAGCCACCCCCACAAAACCCAUCAAAGAAAUGCAAGUUCCUUCUGGUUUCAACUCUCAAAGAUGCCUUCUCAAUCUGUCGAUCUUGCGGCGGCCAUAUAAGCUCUCUCCAGCAGCAGCAGGAUGAGGAUUAUGUUCCCAACACGACAACUGAGCUCGAAGAUGUUGAUGAACACGAAGUUGUCGUGUCAGCAAUCAGGAGCAGAGCCAUGGAGAAGUCGAAGCAGAAGGUGUUUGUGAUCACAGAUAGCUUUUCAGGGGAACUGCUCUUUAGUUCUGAGAAGCAGAAGGAUGGAGAAGUUGAAAAGGAUGAAGAUUUCUUCUCUGUUGGGAGCUGUCUUUCGUGUUGUUCGAGCGGGUUGAGCAAGGGGGGCGAAGAGUUCUUCUCAGUGAAGACAAACUUGUUGUCCAGGUGUUCGAGCUUGAGUCAGGUAGAGUUCCCAAGUUUUCACAGGCGGGUUUCGAUAUUGCAGGAGCUUUGCCACUGCCAAGGGUGGCCAUUCGGUCUCUGUAGGAAGGCUGUUUUGCUCCCACCUCUGCCUAAGUCUCCCUCUGAUUCCUGGCUAUGGCGGAAAGGCACUAGAUCAGCCAGACUGCCUUAGAGUUCUUGCAGCUUGCAACAAAGACGAGAACCUUUGGAAGAGUUUGAGAAUAAGAUAGACUGAUGCGGAAGGAUGCAAAGUUUAUUGUUCUGUCAUAUUGCCAUGUCUAUUCCCACGUAUCAGAUUCUAGAUUGGAAAUCAAAAGUUCAGUCCUAUUCCAUCAAGAAAUUCACUGUAUGAACAUCAAUAUUCUAUGAGAUAGUUUUCGAUGAUCUGCUAAGAAAACAACCAGUAUUACAGUUACAGAUCCUUUCUUAUUAUUUUUAAAUCGAUCGUUUCCAACUUGGAUGAUAUUAUACACCAACACAAGGAAAAAAAGUUGCCGGACUUAUUUGCUUGAAGAAACCUUUGCUUCCAGUGAAAUACAGCUAAAUGGAACUG